UCGUCUUCUCGUAUCCUCUUAUCCUUCUCUCAUCCCAUUCUUUCCCGCCCUCUCGCUCUCGAUGAACUGACAACUUUUCUCAUCGUUCAACCCGUCGUUCGCUUUAAUACUGCUACCUAGCUACCAACAACACUCGCUUAGUUCUGAUAAUAACAGCCCUCGCCUAAAUACGUUACUGAGGGAAUCCGAAUUUGCUGCGUUUUGGUUUUUAGUACUGUUUUCCUCGUAUCAACAAAGAGGAGGAAAAUAGGGGGGAUUUAGUUAACGAAGCGGGAGCGGGCCAACGAGCAACAACUUUUUACGCCCACGAUAGAUUCGAAAUAAACGGAAUAAUUGCUAUUAUUGUUGGAUUUCGAGUGUUUAUUUAUUUGCGGCGUUCUGUUCCCUGCAACUUCGUCGGAAUCAAUCGACUAUUAGACGUCUAUCGGCAUUCCAUCAUUUGAAACAAGAUGAAAGGAGUACAAAGCCUGGGUCAAUUUUUGACCGUUGCCCUCGCUUUAACCCCUCUAACGUCGGCGUGGCCAGGAUGGCUUCCGGAUGUAGAUUCGCUCGUAGUUCGGGCAGACGACAGCUCAUCGCCAGCCGAAGCCACACCAACUGCCACUAAGACUGACGAUUCAUCAGACGAUUCAAAAACCAUAACGACGGAUGUUAAGACGACUACUGCUGCCGACUCGGACGAUCCCAAGACUACAAACCUUAAUACGGCCGUAGUCACCACAACCGGAAAAAAUGGCAACAGUACUGCCAAGACCACACAUUCAACCUUCGAUGCGCAGGAUGGAGCUGGUGGUGUCGCUAUGAUUACGCCAGCCACUACUGCUGGAACAACGCUUUACAGAAUCGGAGACCCCACGCCGAUUACUUGGGUUUGGAAUUACACUUCCCUGCAAGGCACACCAACCGCUAUUGAUGUUCUAGUGUCGUGCUCCACGGCCUCUGCCACGUGGACCCUGACUCAGAACAUGACCUUCAAGCCGACUGCCACAUUCACCUGGGACACGGAGAAAUACUCAGAGAGCGCUGUCGCUAGCCCCCUGCUAGUCGCGCAGUACACCCUGCUGAUUUACGACGCGGACUCUUCCCCCGAUGCGACCGCCGAAGCCGGGUACCUGGCACCAUUCGACGGCUUCACAUUCGGCUUGUACACGUCCCGACCGUACCAGGACCUCGGAGAGUGGAAGUGCGCAACCUGCAGCGGCGCAUUAGGAGAUCUCGAACGCCAGGCUUUAGGUUUCGCGAUAACCAUGAGCAUCAUCACCGUAUUCAGUUUCACGUGGUACGUGACGGGAAUCGCUGCGCUGCUGUAGUCAGUCCUACUACAACCUAUUCGUAGGCGUAGUAGCACAUGGGGAGAUAGUAUAUUUCUGACUUGCAUAUAUUUCGGAAAUAAGGGACAGCAUCUUAAUGGAGAAGUUCUCAAUACGGUAAUCUAUCUAUCUAUCUGGGUUUAAGGAUACAUACAUCAUCAUGUAGUGGCGUUUUUUGUUGAAAUGAAUUGCAAGGGCCGAAAGCGGGUGGGGGAAACUUCCGGCGUGGAUUCGAAAAUAGCGAAGAUCUAUCAUUUACCUACAUAGAAAUCUACGGCAUCAGAAGGGUUAUUUAUAUCGCUAUAUACGUAGCUCUUAAUGAUUACACACCUAGUCAGGUUGCUUAA